ACUGGAAACAGAUGGCCAAACUGGUACCCUGCGUUGUUUCAGUAUACAUACAAUGGAUUAAAGUUAAUGCCGGUAUUCAGCGGCUGAAGUUCAAAGAGGGAAAUCAUGAUGCACCGAGCCAAAUCUUACUUGUUCUGCGUAUGGGUGUUAACUCAAGUGUCUGCAGGGGUUACUCCACUCUUGCCUUCCGGCUCCGGCUUCUGUUCUUGAAGCUCCAGUAGGCAACGAACCGCUCAUGAACACCGUUUGCCAGGAUGCGAAAGCUUGAAGAUGAAGCCAAGUGUCCGAAUUAUCGAUUGCUAGCUUUGCCUGAAGAAGCUGCUCUCUACGCACGCGUAUCAUCAGAUCUCCGCCCUCUACCUGAAACCAUCGCACCUGGAUCCAACGAGACGGAAGUAGUUUGCAGAGAUUACCUGCGAUAACUACCAUAACGUUUUUUAAAACCGCAAUCCCGGAUUUCUGUUCUGCAGUUCAGUAUGGAUUCCACGUUUGCAAUGCUGGGGACUAUUCAACAGAGACUCAGUUCAACCAACUCCUAAAAUGCGUUUUAUGUCGUGCUGUGCUUCGAUGAGACUUAACUUAACAUGGUGCCUCCAGCUUCGCACGUGUUUUUGUGAAGCUCUACCUAACUGACCACUUGGAAAUUUCCUGUCAAAAUGGCUGCGUUUCGGAGGCUUCUGAGAAGACGGGUGCACCCCUGGAAACUGGUACUGGUGGCCCUAGUGUUUGUCACGUUUCUCUUACUGAUCCAACGGGAGGUUGUCAGCCAGCGUCCCAAGGAGGAGCCCUGGCUGAAGGAAAUGGCGGACAAACGGGAUGCCGUGCUGGGCAUGGUGAUAGGGGCCGUCAAUAACUUUCGGGACGCCAUGCCCAAAAUGCAGAUCCGGGCCCCGGUCCGUCAGCCGGAAAGCGCCGGAAGCCUUUCCUGUCUGCCGGGUUAUUACACAGCGGCCGAGCUGAGGCCCGCUUUAGAGAGGCCCUCCCAGGACCCCGGCUCCCCAGGGGCGUCAGGGAAGCCCUUCCACACGGAUAACCUCAGCCCCGCUGAGCAGAAGGAGAAAGAGAGGGGAGAAGAGAAGCACUGUUUCAACCUGUUCGCCAGCGACCGCAUCUCGCUGAGCCGUGACCUGGGACCCGACACGCGACCACCGGAGUGCAUCGAGCAGACGUUCAAGCGCUGCCCACCCAUGAUGACCACCAGCGUGAUCAUCGUCUUUCACAACGAGGCGUGGAGCACCCUUCUCCGGACGGUGUACAGUGUCCUGCACACCUCUCCCGCCAUUUUCCUGAAGGAGAUCAUUCUGGUGGACGAUGCCAGCACAGACGAGGGCCUGAAGGAUGAGCUGGAUAAUUACCUGAAGCAGCUGCGUGCCGUGCGGGUCGUGCGUCAGCGGGAGAGGAAGGGCCUUAUCACAGCUCGGCUGCUGGGCGCCUCGGUGGCCACUGGCCACAUCCUCACCUUCCUUGACGCUCACUGUGAGUGUUUCCAGGGCUGGCUGGAGCCUUUACUGGCGAGGAUUGCAGAGAACUACACGGCCGUGGUGAGCCCCGACAUCACCACCAUCGACCUGAACACCUUCGAGUUCAUGAAGCCCUCUCCCUACGGCCAGAACCACAACCGGGGCAACUUCGACUGGGGCCUGUCUUUCGGCUGGGAGAGUCUCCCCGACCACGAGAAACACAGGAGGAAAGACGAAACCUAUCCCAUCAGAACACCCACUUUUGCUGGCGGACUUUUCGCGAUCUCAAAAGAGUACUUCUAUCAUGUCGGAAGCUAUGAUGAAGAAAUGGAAAUCUGGGGUGGAGAAAACAUUGAAAUGUCUUUCAGGGUGUGGCAGUGCGGGGGGCAGCUGGAAAUCAUCCCGUGCUCCGUCGUGGGGCACGUCUUCCGCACCAAGAGCCCCCACACCUUCCCCAAGGGCACCCAAGUGAUCGCACGCAACCAGGUGCGCUUGGCCGAGGUCUGGAUGGACGAGUACAAGGAGAUCUUUUACCGUAGAAACCAGCAGGCCGCACAAAUGGCCAGAGAGAGGUCGUUUGGUGAUGUCUCCCGGCGCGUGGACCUCCGACAGAGGCUGGAGUGCAGGAGCUUCUCCUGGUAUUUGAAGAACGUUUAUCCUGAGGUCUUCAUGCCUGACCUCAGCCCGCUGAAGUUUGGCGCGGUGAAGAAUCUGGGUAAAGACUCUUGUCUGGAUGCUGGCGAGAACAAUGAGGGUGGCAAACAGCUGAUUAUGUACCCCUGCCAUGGACUGGGCGGAAACCAGUAUUUUGAAUACUCCACGCACCACGAACUCCGGCACAACAUCCAGAAGGAGCUGUGUCUUCAUGGCGCGGAGGGGAUUGUGAAACUGGAGGACUGCCAGUACAGAGGGCACGACACCUUCGCCCGCACCGAGCAGAAGUGGGAACUGAAGGAGAGCCAGUUAUUGGUGAACCCCGGCUGGCAGCUGUGCCUGAGUGCCCGGCAUGAACACCCCUCUCUGGUGCCCUGUAACCCCUCGGACCGCUACCAGCACUGGGUGUUUGCCUGAGAAGCCUCUGGAAUGUCUCUGCAACCCCACAAAGCACCUCGAGAAGUGUGACUGUCUACAGGCCCACUUUCCCAAGGAACAUUUUGUGUUUUUGUUUAAUUUAUUUUUAUAGGUGAGAUAAACACUACUGGAUAGUUUUGAACUCUGGAGAGGAAAACGGACCAGCGGGGAAGGAUGCUGACAGGGUUGUACUGAAGUUUUACGUUUUUGCAUUUCGCAAACUUUUUUUUUUAACAAUGAUUUAUUUUAUCAUAGUUUGACGAUUUACUUACUAACAACCAUCACCGUGAUUAUAUGGAAGCUAUCCCGUGCCGCAUGUCCAGUUGUCAAAUGAUCACGACUAAAUUAAAACUCAACACACGAAUGAACAAAAGGCCACAUCGUAAAGUAUGAAAACUCGACACGUGAAUUUACAAACCAUCACACCGCAUGGAAUUUGAUUAAAGCUGUGUUUAGGCCUAUUUCAUUUUUAAAAGAUAUGCCAUUACCACCGCAUUUGUUAUUUUUCAAUGUAUCAUUCCUCAAUGUUUUCUUUUACCUAUAGCCAGAAUAAAAUUCUGUUACGCGUGGUUCAGCGGUGAGAUAUUGAAAUUUGCCGUAGGCAUUCAUUGGCUGAAAUCAGAGGUUGAGCCACACGGAUUUUAAGUUGACUUUGACUUUUGACUUGACCUAACCUAGCUGCUAACACUAAUAGUAUUUUUAAUUUAUUGUAAUAAUCGAUGUGUGGUUAUGCGCCUCCACUACCCUGCAGAAAAAAACGGUUCAAGCUCGGAAAAUGGUAGCAGAUCGAUAGCCGAAGCAUGGAUAUGUAUCCAUGGGCGUUGCUUUUGAUGUUUUGUAUGCCGUCACGAUGAAUGAUAAACUAUAAAUGGCAAAUGUGGUGGUAAAGAAUGAUAAAAGCCGGUUCUGUUUUUAAAUCAAAUAAACACGGCUUUAAUGAAAUUGCAUACAGAAUUUUAAUUCAUGUGUUGAGUUUUCGUUAUUAGACAUGGUCAUUUGAUAAUUGUAAAUGUGGCACGGAAUGGCUUCCGUGGAUGGAUGACAGGGAGUGGAAUAAUUUGAACUGAACCGCGCCUCUGCAUCGUAAACGGCAAUAAUAAUCAUUCUCGUGUUAAAUUAACAAAACUUUAAAGUAAGCCUAGGACUGUUACAAAUAGUGUACCUCACAAUCCAUGUUUACAUGUAUAUUAAAAUGGAUCCUGACAUUUUUUAAACUUCUUUUAGAAAAGUAUUUGUGUAUGAAACCCAGGGAAAAUGUUUAGUUGAACCAAGCGCAUCUGUUACAAUAUCCUUCGGUUUUGUUUUCUCCAAUAAUCACAUCUAGGAGACUUUUUAAGCUCCUGAUGCAUUCUUUUCCUUUACGAAACAGUGGAUGACUUUCUCUACUGUAUGUGGAUUAAUGACUGAUAUAUUAUGGGAGAGACACAUCUGUGAAAGGGCACUUUUUUUUAAAGCAUUUCAACCUUUUCAUAGCAGUAGUGCAACAGGUCAAAUGCAUCUUCACAAAUGGCCUGUCCUUCGUUAAACACUAAUGUCUGUAAUUUUCUAUUUGAAAUGAUCAUGUGGCAAACCAUUAGCUUUUGUAUUGUAACAUGUUUAGAAAUCUAUUGAUGUAGGAAUGAUGAUUAUCAAAUGAUGCAAUACUUUUCUUAUAGUUUCAAGAACCAAAGACAUUUCUAAGGUGUUAGAGGAUGUUGAACUGUCAUUGACUUUCUUUUUCUCCAACAAAUAUUAGGAGGAAUCUCACUAAAACUGAACAUUUGAUGUGUAAAUAUUUGACCCAAGUCAUGUGUCUGAAGUUGUGAAUGAAUCCAUCCCUGUGUUUUCUAAAUGCCAUUGUGUAAAAAGUGAAGUCUACAGCCCAGGGACCCAAAAUCCCUCUGCAUACCACAACCAAUGCCAGUGCUGUGUUGGUGUGCCUUACUUCAGUGUUUUUGGUUCUUGUCUUGAGAUGACACUGUGAUUGAUAAUUGUGCCUUGAAUGACCGCAGAGUGGAGACCCAAUCUAGCACAUUCAGUUGGGAGUGGUUUUGAUUUGAGUGAUGUGCCUUCAACAGACUUCUGCCAAUAAAAAAACUGAAGAAGUGUGA